AUGGGGGUCUAUCGCCAUCAUUCUGGCAACAAGCACGAGCUAAAAGACUCGUCAUCUUAUCCAUUAGCUGAUGGUGUUGUUCCGCCAAUCCAGGUACAACCCAGAGGUAACUCUCUCGUGCACCAACCACCAGAUGUGCUUUUGACCCAAAGCGUAUGUGAUGUUGAAGGCUAUAGAGACUCGUGGGGACAAAUCCUCGAUGCCAAGACAAUAUCAGACGAGAUUGAUAGGAUGCUAGUAGCCGAACGCAAAGCAAAGCGUCAAGCAGCGGAAGCUCCAACUAUGCUUAUUCUUGGCAGUGGUGAUUCUGGAAAAACCACAUUCAUCAAAACUCUGCAUAUUUGUUUAGGAGGUGGUCUUACUGCCCAACAGAAGCUGCAAUACCAUCAUCAGAUGCUGGACAAUAUUGUAGAUUCAAUCAAAGCUCUCUUACUGGCUUCGAUUGCUCUUGGAUAUAAGGUGGAGCCUGUCCAAGCCAAGCAAAUUAUGCUUGCUUUUCAUCGCCAUGGUGCACUUGGACUCUCCCAGCAACAUAUCGACUAUAUCAACCAAUUAUGGAGGCACAAAGGAGUCCAAUCAUGUUGGAAACAGUCGUUCAAGUUUAAGAUUCAAGACACAUGCGAUUACUUUUUGGACAACAUUCAGACAAAGGCUCAGUUUGGCUACAAGAUUACCAAUCAAGAUGCGCUACACGUGCGUCAUGCAACAACAACUAUAAGCGAAUGCGUUUUUGAACAAAACGGAAUAACCAUGCGGUUCAUUGACGUGGCUGGUCAGCGCAGGUUUCGUAAAAACUGGGCUGCUCAUUUUGACAAUGUUGACUCCACGUUGUUCAUCACAUCCGUUUCAUCAUAUGACCAAGCUCUUGAAGAAGAUAAAACCGUCAAUCGCAUGUCAGACUCCAUUCAACUAUUUUCCGAGCUUGCAAGCAACAUUUAUUUGAAAAACAAGGCCUUGAUUGUAUUUUUAAACAAGACAGAUCUGUUAAAAAAAAAGUUGCGAUAUACCAAACUGCAAGAGUAUUUUCCUGGAUAUCACGGCGGAAAUGAUCCUAUAUCUGUAAUUGAUUAUUUUAAAAAAGAGCUUGGAACAAAAGUUCGCACCCGUAAAGAUCGUGUGUAUAUGCAUGCUACCUGCUGUACUUCCGAAACGGCCAUUUCCUUUCUUGUUGCUACCACUACUUUGUGGAACAGCAGAGAGAUUAUUAACUGGGACAUGACCCAUUUUGCAGUCAGGUAUCUUCAUUGCCACUAUUUUCAAUAA